ACAAUAAAAGCUGCUGUACCGGCAAACCAGGUAGGAAUGCACGAAAAUGGCGAUCCAGAGCUGGCGGGACUUCGCAACGGAAGAAGGAAACAAAAAGCCCUGGGGGAUUGUCUACGAAACGGUGACGGGUAAACUCAGGAGAGAAGAGACGAUGUUCACAUUGCGAAAGCCACAAGGGGAUACCUCCAACUGGCGGCCCACCGUAGCGGCGAUGCUGUCGGCCCUCAUACCCGACGAACCUUGAAGCGAAGCCAGUAUGAUUUCUAACUCGAGACACAUCGGCUAACCUAUUCGACAAGUCUGCUGAAAGCUUUCUGCUGAUCACGGAUUCGUUUGAAGCCAACUGUGACGCUCCUUUGACCAAUGUCCGCAGGUUCUUUCAACAUGAUCAAUGGUACUAGAGGAUUAAACGAACUUGCUGACUUUUGGUAGCCAAGAUAGUAAGCGUGUAGUGCCAUAGAUAAUUACUAUAAUAUAAUAGAAAAUCAUUCUAUGAAUAAUGGAUACUUGUUUUAGGAAUAUUAGUAUGCAUAGUCAUUUUAAAGAUAAUUGUUAUUACGUAUUGUUGUGAAUAAUUACUAUUAUUAUAAAUAAUUAUUAUCAGGAAUUAUAUGGAUACACGCAAUUAGUUUCAUGGCAGUAAGAGGAUUUACUGUUCCAUCUACUAAGAGCAUUAAGCUUCCACGAUGAAUAAUGGGGACCAUUCGAAGCAUCGCAGAUUGCAAAUUGAACAAUCGUUGAAACUAUUAGGACUAUUGAAGGUAUCAGGCCUUCAAUGAUUUGUAGGCCAAUAAAGCUACUCAGAUGUUCUACAAGUAUCUUACAGCUACUAGAAUUAAUAUGUAAUCUCGUAGAAACUUCUCGAGUAUUGACUAAAUAAUAAUUUCUUUCCAACUCACGUGUGCUGCUUCGCCAGCUACUUCACGCCGGAUAUAUAUAUAGAGUGGCAGAGAAUAUUGAUGAAAUUGUCUAAGGUGAGCAUUGAUCGAAUACUUUGACACAAGAAUUUAAAAAAAACUUGUUUAACUAGAGUUAACCAUUUUGUCAUGUGAACUUAUUGUUCAUGUGGUCAGCUAUCGGAUCCAACGUCAAAACAAGCUUACAGAAAGUUCACUGGAAUUAAUUCGCACGAUCAUGUUAAAUGUUUAAUCAACGGUCAUUCUCUGUUGUUCAAUCUCUAUUCGCUAUUACAAUAACCGCUAAUUACACGCCACUGGCCAACUAGACUGCUUACCCAAUGAAUUGCCAAUUCAUUAAACAUCGAAGUAAAUCACGUCCUAUAGAACAGUACCCAUGGCAAAUAAUAUUGAAAAGCUGCCAGGUGACACUUGACAUAUUGCUGUAUGAUAAUCAUAUUGACGAAUGAAUAGCGAUUAAUUCGAAUUAGGGGAUUAUUAGAAUGAAUAGCUGCACGUGAUUUAUGUCACUUUGAUUGCUGUACUUGGGGGAUGGCCUGAUGACGACUGUUUGGAGCUUCUAUGAAAUUACAUAAUGAAGUGUGUGUGUACCGAAUCUGUUGGAGUUUGUUGAUUAGAGACUUUAGCGUUUCUAGAAACUGCUUCAAGGGUGUCCCAGAAGAAAAUCGAAGAAUUUUAUCAGUACGUUUGAUAUGUCUUUAUGAAUCAAAAGGAUGUACAUUAUGAGUCUUGAUGCGUUCGUUUUUGAGACAUUCAUUUAUUUUAUAAUUUUAUCAUUACUUUAUUGGUGAAGAAGCCUAUCAUACUCAUGUCAUAAGCCUAGCUUACAUUCAUAUCAUUUCAUUCGUUCACCUUCGAUUUACGAUUACAAUACAAGUAUUGAUACUUUAAUUUAUUUUUUUAGCAAAUGACGAGCACAAGUCCUAUGGUUCAGGGGAGCAGAGGAAUUACAAUAACGAAUAAUAGAUGUUUGCGAAACAUUUUGUUUAUGACCUUCAUUAAUUAAUAAGAAAAUUUAUUCUCUUUCUUAAUCUGAAGGAUAAACAAGAGAAUUGAGAACAUUUUGAAUAUUUUGAACGACUUGAAUUAAUUAGCAAGAAUGUAUAUUAUGUUCCUUAAUCUAGAGUAUAAGUAACUGUACACAUGCAAACUUACCUUAUUUAACUGCACGCACAAAAAGUUCACGUUAUUCGACUUACCUGAAAGUAAGAAGAAAUAGAGAUAUUAAUGAGUUAUGUUUGACCGCAGACAGGUAAUGUAAAAAAAACGUCGAUAAAGCUCAAAUUGACUGAUAGUAAAACAGGUUUCUGAUUUAUCGUCAAUAGAAAACUACUUCAUGCGGAAUCUAUAAUAUCGCCUAAUCAGUAAGGAAGAACGUUACAAAUUUUCACGAAGAAUUGUAGAAUUUACCAACAGCGCAGCAGAAUUAAUUUUUUACAUAAAAUGAUGGGGAAAUUUGAAUUUCUUUGUAUCUUAUCAUUUUAUUUUUUUUCAGAUAUGUUUUAUUUCAUCUGCCAACCAUGUCUCCAAAUUUCUCCCAUUAUAAGUCAUGUCAAGGAAUUCCAUCCAAAGAUUACCGACAAAAUAGGGGUGGACGAUUAAACUAACACUAAGAAAUCAAAACAUCGAAUCAUCGUAAAUUACUGAAUAUCGAUGGAAUGAUUUUGAAGGGCUCUCAACGUAUACAUCGUGAAGUUUUAAUAGCAGUAUAAUUUAAGCAUUAUAUGUCAAAAUUUUAAGCCCAUUGAUUUGUAGGGUACGCGAUCUGCGUUUUAUUAUUACCUAUUUCGCUUCGCGAGAUGACCUGUGGGUACGAGUGCCGCAUAUAGACGGCGAUCACAUGACGACUAUUAAUUAUUAUCAAACUAUUAUUUGAUUUCAAGUUGAAGUACCAGGAUUCAAUAGAAUCUAAAAUUCCCUAAUGUAUAUAGGAAAAUUUUUGAAUUAGGCAAGCACCAAAUUGGUACGAUCAUACGAAAUUGAGAUUAAAUGUCAACUGGAAAUCUGCUGAAAUCUGACCGAUAAGUACUCGUCUGUAAAAAUAGCGAGACAUUCGAAAAAGUCGAAUAAAGAGGGGAAAUCAUUUUGAUGGCAGAGUCGAUCUGACGGAAGGCCAUCGCGGGAAUUUGGUGCGAUACGAGAGGCGCCCCCUGCGAUCAAUUCUUAACCGAGCGUUUACGAUACACCUGUGUUUACACGCUCACGUGCUAGCAAUCUGAACCUAGUCACGUGUGCUUGAAAAUCAAUACGCCGCUGAACUUGGUCGUGUAUGCUUGAAAAUCGAUACGCCGCUCAACUUCGUAAACCUAGUAAACCUCGGCAACGCGAAGUUGCUUCUACUUACGUAGCGGAGAGGACCGUCCAGGGAAUAUGUCUACGAAGUCGCUUUAGCGAGAACGAAGUCAACUUUAUUCUUCACCUUAGAAAAUAACCGUGUUCCAGGUUCUAACACAUGGGCCCCAAAGAUGCUGGUGUGGCAUUGCACUUUUCACGCCCACCAGUGCCAAGUGCCAACUCCUCCUCCACGUCGGUGGGUCCUGGUAAACGCUGGCUUGCCAGUGGCUAACGGAGCAAUGGCUAUCCUAAACACCUUUCCUCUGUCCUGCUCCUUUAUCACAACCCUUUCCUCGAGCUGUGACUGGUGGUUCCGGAAGAAAAUGCCGACUGUACAAGGAUGGUGAUGUGGCUUAAAAACCCACGCUUCCCGAGGAAAAGAGCAGGGUGGCAUCAUGGCAUAAAAAACCAGAGGGUCGUUGCGGGUUAAUAACCUGCCGGACCUACGUCAACAGCUUUGGCUCGGGAAGGGACAUGAUUUGGUCCCGGUCGCGAGGCUGGGAGGGGCAUUUUACUAAGGAGCCCGGGGGUCAUGACUUUUCCCUUCUUUCUCCUAUUUCUCCCCUUUCCCUUACCACCCAACUUCCAAUCCCUCAGGGGGCUGCGGACUCGCUGGCGAGUCGCAGUACGGGAAUGCGAUCCCGAGGAACCCUAGCUCAAAUACCGUAUUCCAUUGGUCAUGUCUCAAUGGACUGGGGGUCCUGCCUUCAUUGGCCGGACCGUGAGGAUGAUAACCUCUAUAAAAAAUCCCUAACCCUAAGCAGAGGUGCGCGGCGAUAGGGUACCUCGCAGUCGAGGGCACUGCAAGGUGGCUGAUGGGUGCGUCAGUCAUUAGCGGCCAACCCCGGGGUACCUGGCGACCCUCCGGUGGUAUUAGCCCUCUGCCGGUAAGCGGCUCUGCCGGUGGUGACAUCCUUUCCGCAAGACUUGGUGGCCCCCAGAAGCCUCGGUGGAUGAGGGCCGUACGGAUCAGAUGAUACGCACUUCAAAAAAACAAAAAAACAAAAAGGAGAGGAAGGAGGAAGUGACAAGAGGAAGGGAGGAAGAGGAGUUGGCUCCUGAGUCUGUGCAGGCAGGCGUUAAACAUACAACGCGUCUGCAAACCAGGAAGACGACGGACGAAGAAGAAUGGAGUCCCGUCAGGUCUCCCGAGGCUUCCGAGCUUGCGCAGAAGCCGCGCAAGGUCCCUUUUAAGUACUUAAUAGCGGACGUGAUCGAGAGAGCGGCAGAAGUCUUCAUGGGGGUCGAAACAUGUAACGACCUCGAUGAAACGGAGGCUGAAGCAUUCAGCAAGAAGGCGAUAACUAUAAUCAUGGGCACUAUUGAUAUUGUAGUAAAGUCACUUCCCAUAAUCUCGAUAGAAAGACGGUUGGAGGAAAUGGGUAUGGACAGUAAGACAAGGUGUCUCUGCGGGAUCGAGCAAAAGCUAGAGACGGUCGGUUCCACUCUAACAAGAGGACUAAAUGAGUACUUCAAAGACUCGAAUGUGGAGUGGGAAAAGGUGGUCUCCUCUGUCCUGAAUAAGAAAUGGACAGGGACUGAAGUUUCAGACCCCCAAGUGCCCAUGGAAGUCCCUGGAGAAGGGAAAGCGGCGGCUGCCAUGGAUUGGCAAACCGUGGGGGAAAAGGCAGCAGGGAAGAAGAACAAGAAGAGAACGGAGGAGAGACAGUCGAAGAAGAUAACUCCGGAGAUAGAGGAGAAGAGUUCGAGGAAAGCUCCAGAGCGAAGGUCAGAGAACAGGGAAAGAAGGAAUAAAAAGGCGACUCUUCCACGCCAACCGCGAACAUCGGCGGUAUCCAUAACGAUCAAGAAAGGAGCAGCUAAAUCUUACGCGGAAGUGCUGGCCACGGCCAGGGACAACAUCCACCUGACCGAGGUUGGCAUCGAAAGAUUAAAUAUGAGGAAGGCAAUGACCGAAGGGGUCAUAUUGAAGGUGCCUAAGGACCAAAAAAGGGAGAAGGCCGCCGCACUCGCAGCACGGUUGACCAAGGUACUUGACCCGAACGUGAUUCGAGUGGCGGCACCCUACCGGACUGCCGAAAUAAGGGUGCUCUACAUAGACAUCUCGGCCACCGCAGACGAGAUAAGAAAUAGCUUGGCGCAGAAAGGAGAAUGUAAGGCGGAGGACAUUCAGCUGGGAGAAAUUUGCAUCUCCAAAAACGGUCUCGCGUCCGUGUGUGCGCGAUGCCCAGUAGGGGCAGUUAGGAAACUGGUCCAGGCAGGCAAAGUGGUCAUCGGAUGGUCAGUACCAAAGAUUGAAGCCAUCGGACAAAGACCUUUCCAGUGCUUUAGGUGCCUGGAGAUAGGGCACCUGAAGAAGUCGUGCACCUCGAAAGUAGACAGGGAGAAUCUAUGCUAUAGGUGUGGCGUCUCUGGACACCGAGCCAAAGAAUGCAUCGCAGCGAACCCAAAAUGUCCGCUCUGCGAAGCGCUUGGGGCACCGGCAGCACACAGGAUGGGGGGAUGGUCUUGUGUCCCUCUAAGGAAAAGAACGAGAGAAGCUACCCGCGGACCCGUCACAGCAAGGGAACUAACCGAUGGGUCUGCGGUUAAAAAAGGGAACAAGAAGAAAGGCUCGCCGCAAGGAAUCCCUGCCUCUACACCUGCGAACAAGGAGCUUGGUGUGGAGGAGGCCAUCAAAGCCUUGCAUCUAGGAGACUAGACACAAGAUGCGCCUCCUCCAAACUAAUCUAGGACGGUCGAGCCGAGCGCAAAACUUGCUUUUCCAGACCAUCCGGGAGAGCACGGUCGCCCUAACGGUGGUGACUGAGCCGUACCGAGUGCUGGCCGCAUCUCCUCCCUUGAAAUUCCAGGGGUUAGCGCUUAGACGGAAAUAUAAACGUCCGAGAGCGCCGGUCUCGGAGGAUGAUGCAGUUGAACAGGCGGCCCGAGACGUUCGGGGGCCGCCGACGAAGAGGCGUGGGACCAGUGGCGAUUUCAGUUGAUCAGGAAGGAGCAGCAAAUUUUAUUUACCUUAUUUUAUUUUAAUUAUACCUAAUUUUCUUUAAUAUUUACUUUCUAAUAUUAUACUUAAUUUUGGACUGUUAGAUUCAUUUUAAAAAAUUAAUUUUUCAUUUUAGAGUAAUAAUAAAAUACAGCCAAUAAUAAAGCCCAUCGUCAACCCUUCCUCAGCAUGAUAUAAUCAUAAUCCCACGACUGUACAGCAUAAAGAUUAAAAACAUCCAAAAUGGA